AUUUUACUCCCCAGGUUAAACAAACCGUCUGGGAAAAUUGUGCUCUCCAACUUUUCAGCAAAGAGUGCUUUUAAUUCUAUAGAUAGACACAAAAAGCUGGAGUAACUCAGCGAGUCACACAGCAUCUCUGGAGAAAAGGAAUAGGUGACAUUUCGGGUCGAGACCUUCCUUCAGACUCUUCAUGUCUGAAACAUCACCUAUUCCAUUUCUCCAGAGAUCAAUCAAUCAACCAAUCAAUCAGUUUUAUUCGUCACAGGAGUAACUCAGCGAGUUACUGUUUGACCUGGUGAGAUACUGCAGCUCUUUGUCUCCACGGUUUUAAGCAGCAUCUGCCGCUCCUUCCUGCAUGCUUUAAAUUCUAUUGUUGGUGCUCCUGUGGGACUGAGGAACUACACAACCCAUGGUGCAUUGCUAGUACUGCAAAUGGAAAAGCAAUUCUGAGCUGAGGAACCAUCCCUUGCUGUUAUAGGCUUGGAUCGGCAACGGUGGAAUGAAUUGCUAAUAGGCUUGGACAAAUGUCAGUCAGUUGCAGCAUGUGCAGCUGUCAGCCUAGGAUGAGCUGCACAGUAAAUAGGUUUUGAAUUCUUCCAGUCUAAAUUUAACUGGUGCAAGAGUCUGCAAACAGCAGGGCUGGCUAGCUAGCAAACCACAAUUGCCCGCAUCCAAGAUUUAUUUUCCUAUUUUUUUUAAUUUAAAAGUGGAGGAAAGCAAGGGAGCCUGCAAUGCCAGCUCAGCACAACAGAUCCAGGGCCAAGGAGCGAAACAAUGUUUUAAACAGACCUGAGUUCAUGUCUCUUAACCAGCCCGUGAGGAACCCUCAUGAGGGGAGAAGUCCGGCGAAGAAGUACAGUGGGCAGGCAGGGCCCCCACAGCAGGCUCCCGCCGACACCAAGGAUUCUGCCCAGCUACCAGAGGAGGACUGCAUGCAGCUUAACCCUUCCUUCAAAGGAAUUGCUAUUAACUCUUUGCUGGCUAUUGAUAUCUGCUUGUCCAAAAGGAUGGGAGUCUGUGCCAGGAGCUCGUCCACUUGGAGCAGUGCCAGGCCCAUCGUCAAACUGAUUGGAAUCACAGGCCAUGGCAUCCCCUGGAUUGGCGGCACAGUGUUCUGCCUGACCAAGAGUUACACACCAGCGGGUCAGGAGGUCCUUCUAAAUCUUCUCCUGGCCUUGAUCCUGGACAUUGUGAUGGGGGCAGGACUACAGAAGCUUGUGAAGAGGAGAGGCCCUUCUGAGGGGACUCGAGGGAUAUUGGAUUACGUGGUCAUGGAUGUGUUUGCGUUCCCAGCAGCCCAGGCCACCCGAGCGGUGAUGGUGACCAGGUUCUUCCUCAACCACCUGGUCCUGGCAGUGCCCCUGCGGAUCCUGCUGGUCAUCUGGGCCGGCGUCAUCGGCCUGUCCCGCAUCAUGAUUGGGCGCAACCACCUGACCGACGUCCUCUGCGGGUUUAUCAUCGGCUACUUACAGUUCAACAUUGUGGAGUUGCUGUGGCUACCGUCUGGCACCUGCCAACUGCUGGCAUCAGCCAUUCCACUGUGACCACCACAGGAGCUGCAGGGAUGAAGCAGGAGAGAGGCGGCUAUGGGCGUGGGGCAGUGAGCACACACACACACACACACACACACCCACCCGCAGAACCAUGGAACAAGAAUUUGUAAUGCCUCAUACAGCCUGCCAUUGAUUAACGCAGUUUGGGGAAAAAUUAAAAGACAAUUUUGCCUUUUAGAUUCUUUAGACGAUAGAAAUUUUGAUAAUUGCAUUUGAAAAUGGAAAAGAUUUGCUUGUUAUGAAGGUUAGCUGGGUGGUGUGGGUGGGGGGAGGGGGUUGGCUGCCAAGAUCACAUAACCUUCAACUUAUAAACCAUGAAUGAAACUCUUAACAAUUCUGAAAGGUGACACAGUCUAUUGAAUAGGAACUGAUGGAACAUUCAACUGGUAGAAAUGUAACGAAGGAUGCUGUCGUGUGUUACUGACGUCCAAAAUCUAGCUGGGCUUGCCAUCACUCUGCUGGGUUUAGUGAGGAUAUCUUACUGUCAACGUGAUGUGUUAUCGCCCAGUGACGUGCAAGUAAAUGGAUAAAUAAAUGAUCAUCGUGGAUUUAUAUGAACAUACAAGCGCUUGGGCAUGAAUUCAAAAGCUGGGUGUUGGCUCCCCAUCAGAGCAGCUGCUCCCAAGCCAGUGGCCGCACCAGGACCGCUGGAACCAGCCCAUUGACCAGCGCACGCACGCCAGCCGUGAGCCACAAACCGGUAAAUGACAUGGACGCGCUGUAUUCAUGCGCAGUUCACCGCCAUUCAUCCUCACUGGACCGGGAGGGCGAGUGCACUUCAGUGGCACAAGUGUUAGUGAAAGGACUGUGAUUGUGCGAUCUCCUGGAAUAAGCAUGAUGUUUUUGUUUAUGAAUGUAUGAAAUGCAUUUCUAUUCUGUACUGGUAUUGGGUGGAUGAUUUCCAAUAUAAAGCUUUGUUUGCC